GACUUGUGUAUUGAUCGGACCACCCAAUGGCGCUAACGGUGAACCUGAUUGGCCCUUCUCCAUGGGGUUUCAGAAUAUUUGGAGGAAGAGACUUCAAGAGGGCCAUAACUGUCUCAAAGGUUCUGUGAAGUGACAGGAAUCCUUACAGACACAGAGGUCAAUGGAGGCAGCAAGGCAGAGAAAGCAGACCUGCAGCCUGGUGACAUAAUCUUGGAGAUCAAUGGGGAAAACACAGGAGACAUGUUGAAUGUGGAGGCCCAGAACAAGAUUAAGAACUCCAAGACCCAUCUGCAGCUUGUGGUGGAGAGACCUGAACCUCCCAGCCCUGGGCAGACUAACGGCAUCAGCACCCCUGAACAGCUCACCGGCCGCUUCCAGGAGGCAGUGAUAGUGAGCCGGGAUGAGAACCAGAACUACAGAGAGUACACCAUCUCCAGCCCUGCAUCCCUGUCUCCAGGACCCUGUUCACCAGAUCCUCCUGGCAGCCCAGACAGAAAGAGGGAUGGGCUGACACUGACCAUGAACAAGAAUGUCCAGCUGCGCUCAUGGUCUCCAGAAGAAAAGGGGAACAGGCCAUCGAGACCGCUGUCUCAGGAGCUCUCCUCUCCAGAUUUCCGGCAGAACUCUGUGUCCAGUAGGACCCCAACUCCACCGGGACGCUACUCGCCACAUAGCCCCGUAGAGCGAGAUGCACCUAUGUCUCCCAGACGCAGCAGUUCCAGCUCCGACUUUGCCAUGCAGAGGUUCGACAAGGACUCGGAGGUGUACAAGAUGAUCCAGGAGAACAAGGAGUACCGCACAGCACCUCGCCAGUCUAACACCUUUAAAAUGCUUCAAGAGGUCCUGGAGGCUGACGAAAAAGAGGCAGCAGUGAGGUUUCCAGGGAAACUUUCACCCAACCCCCCAAACCCAAAACCAAACACAUCGGUGGGAGGAGUCACCAAAUCCCACACCUGUGAGAAGUGUGGAGUCAACAUUGUUACACAGGCGGUGCGCAUCAUGGAUGACCACUUCCGCCACCCUGAGUGCUACACGUGCACAGAUUGUGGGCUCAACCUCAGGAUGAGAGGUCACUUUUGGGUUGGAGAUGUGAUGUAUUGUGAGAAGCACGCCAAAGAGAGGUACCAGGGCCCUGGCACUUCUCCUCAAGCCACCGUGUCCUAUCGCCAAUGAGUCAGCUUCUCCCAACUUGCCCUCACUCUGGACACGGAGUGCUACUUAUCUGGCCGAAACACUUCCUUGUUUGACUCAUUUAUAGACCUUGGGAUGAUGCAUGGGGGUUGAACAUUAGAGCAAAUCAUUUCUAAUCACAUUUAACCAUAUUCUGAAAUAUUAAGAUACUCUUUCUUGCUUUACUUGUAACUGUAGGAGAAUUGGGGCUUUUUUCUUUCAUACGGCCCAGAGUUUAUGGUCUCUUUAGGCUAUUCUUGGCUUUUAACAAUUCACAGCUGCUAUGGAUUGAAGCCACAUCACAUUGUAUCAAUGCCAGAUUUGCAUAACACCAGUGGUUUAGAAAACUAAACAAGACUGACUCUGGGGAUGAGGAUCAUCAUUUGAAUUUCCUGCUGAUGCAAAGGGACCAAAAUUGAACCUAUUCUGCAUGCUGUUUAAAGAUGUACUGUAUGUACACAACAGUGCUGUGUGGGUGUGUAUGGCUGCAUGCUUUCACAUGCAGAUGUGUGGUGGCUUCUGCAUACUUUCCUUUCAUCUGUGUGUAUGGCUGCCUUUGUGUGUGCGCUGAUUAGAGGGAGAGAGAGAGAAAGGUGGGACAAAGUAGUUGAAUUUUGUUUACGAUUCAUGCCAAAAGCCCUUGAGGUUAGUUGUAUUUUUUUUCAUAAGUUGAAUUUAUGAGUAAAAGUUAAUCCAUUUAUUAAUUAGUAAACUGGUUGGAGGCUGGAGUCUCUUGGCUGCUACAGGGCAAGACACCCUUGAUAAGUCACCAGCACAUCACAGGGCUACCAAAUGAGAUGACUAUAUACGCUCACCCUCAUGCCUGCGGCCAUUUAAGAAGCCCUAUAUCAAAUAACAUGCAUGUUUUUGGAUUGUGUUUGUGUGGGGGGGGUGGUGAAGAACCUGGACUUCAACCCAUGCAGGCACAGGGACAACUCACAGAAAUGUUGUUGUGAGGUGCCAGUUCUUACCGCCACAGCACAGACAGAAGUGAUGAGAGGGGAAGAAGAAAAAAAAAAAACACAAAAAAAAAAUUUUGAUAUUUUGUUGCUUUGAAGGGACGAGAUUCUUUCAGUUUAGAAAAUUUUUGCUGGUUUUGUGAUUUGAAAUGUUUUCUAUAAUAUAGAUCAUUAAAAAUGCAUAACGUAUGCACAGGAUAUAAGUGUUUAAAGAAUUUCUGAUACAAGUCCAGUUGCAACAAUACUCAGAGAUACACUUUAAUGUUCAUAUUUCAUGUGGCACUUAAUAAAAUUGCACAACCUGAAA